UACAUAUUAAUCAUAGAAAUUGGACUCGCCACCUUUCUACUCUUUCUUUUCUAACCUUAAAAGAUACUACUACUAUUACUUUAAGGAAAAAACCCUUAUAUAUUCCCUACCCACACCUCUCCAUUUCAAAAAGCAGCUAGCAGAUUUCUUUCACUUCCCUUCAAUUUCCUCCUCUCCAUUAUAUUGUCAAAAUGAUGGAUAGGAAUAAUGCUGUUUCGUUGGGAUUUAUGAUCUGCAUUAUCAUAGCUGGAGUUGGUGGUCAAGCACCUCCAGGACCACCAACACCUACUCAAGCACCACCAACACCCCCUACUACCCAAGCACCACCUACACCCACUAACCAGGCACCACCAACACCCACUAACCAAGCUCCUCCUACACCCCCUACUACCCAAGCACCACCUACACCCACUACCCAGGCACCACCAACACCCACGAACCAAGCUCCUCCUACACCCACUACCCAGGCACCACCAACACCCACGAACCAAGCUCCACCAACACCCACUAGUUCUCCUCCUCCAGUUAACACUCAAACGCCACCGGCUCAGCCACCACCAACUGCUUCACCACCACCGGUCGUUUCAUCUACACCACCUCCCACUCCUCCUGCUUCUCCUCCUCCGCAAGUGAACUCUCCACCUCCACCCGCUACCCCUCCACCUCCUCCGGCAGCGCCUUCUCCUGCACCACUUGCAUCAACUCCUGCUCCGGCUCCUGCAAAGAAAUUAACUUCUCCGGCACCAUCUCCUUUGGGCUUGAGUUCUCCCUUACCUCCCAAUGGAGCUCCGGCCCUAGCCCCGAGUCUUGGAGCUUUAUCUCCAGCUCCUUCAGCUACUGAUCAGAGUGGAGUGGAGGGCCUGAAGUUGUCAACAAUGGUUGUGGAAAGCUUGGUCUUAGGAUGGAGUUUGCUCUGCUUUCUAAUGUAGAACUCUCUUUUCAUCCAGCAUCAUUUGUUUUAAUUUGUUUAAUUUGCCUCUAUAUGUAUGAAUUGCUAUCUCUUUCUUUAGCUUAGGAUGAUGGUAAUGGCCCAUUCCUUGCCUGUAUUUGGAUAAUAUUUUCACUUGGAUUUUUUGGAGGAUCUUGUUAAGGGGAACUUAAUUUUUGUAUUUUGAGAGGAUUGUUUUUAAUUGAAGUUUCUAUAUGUUGUUUUA